CUACAGUCUUAUGGUCACUUGCACUGUUGAAAAUACAAGAAGCCAAGAAGAAGAUCAGCUGAGCUUCUUUUCUCUGCAAUACUUGCCUCUUUGAAUUUAAUUUAAUUUGUUAUUUUCAAAGUUGGAGUGACACACUUUUAACAGCAAACUUGGUUUAGGUUUAUUUUUUGUGAAGUGAGUGAAUUGAUACAUUAAUUCUGUUGACCAGCUCCAUGACACAGGCAGAGUGAAGAGUUUUUUUUGUCCCAACCAGACGUGGGGAAGCUCAUCCACACUUUCAUGUUCUUCUGACUGGACUCAUUCAGAACACUGCAGCCCAGAUUUGAACAAGAACAAAGAGCAUUGAAUAUGGCUGCCAAGAAACAUGACCAGACUUCAGUCAGAAUCCCCAUACCAGGCUCCAGAGAUGUGAGAGGAGCUGCUCAGAGGACACUGCAGCCUAACGUCCAGGAGAACAAACACGGCCAAAUCACAGAGACUAACUCUUUUUCCCACCUCCCAAACCGUCCUGCUGUUGAGCUUGAAUUUGUUGACCUCUCCUACACCGUUCAAGACGGACCCUGGUGGAAGAGAAAAGGUUUAAAAUCACUUCUUAAAUGUGUGUCAGGAAAGUUUGGCAGCAGAGAGCUCAUUGGCAUCAUGGGGCCUUCGGGUUCUGGGAAAUCCACCCUCAUGAAUAUUCUGGCAGGAUACAGGGAGGGGGGCAUGGAGGGUGAGAUCUUUGUAAAUGGACAAUCGAGGAACGUGACGUCUUUCAGGAAGAUGUCCAGUUACAUCAUGCAAUAUGACAUGUUGCUGCCCCACCUUACAGCCAGGGAGGCCAUGAUGGUGUCUGCAAAUCUGAAACUGAAGGAAAGCAAUGAGUUCAAGAAAGAACUUGUGGAUGAGAUUCUGACUGCGCUGGGCCUCCUAGGGGCUGCCGAGACACGUACAAGCUCGCUCUCUGGCGGUCAGUGUAAAAGACUUGCCAUCGCCCUGGAGCUUGUCAACAAUCCUCCUGUGAUGUUCUUUGAUGAGCCCACUAGGUAAGCACAACACUAAAAUCGAAAUAAAUACGGAACACAACAUUUUUUUUA